CGGCAAAUGUAUUAUAAUUAUUACAGAUAGGUGGUCAGAAUAUUAUUGGAUGCCAUAAAUCUGCAACAGCAAAUAUGAUUUCAUAUUGCUUGGACCUGAAAGGACCAUCCUGUACCAUCGAUACAGCAUGCAGUUCUAGCUUUCAUGCUAUGGCCGUUGGUUAUGACUAUAUUAUGUCAGGAAAAUGUGAAGACGCGAUAAUUGGAACAGCAAAUUUAUGUUUUGCUUCCAUUGUAAACCUGCAAUUCAUUCGACUUGGCGUUUUGUCACCAACUGGUUAUUGCAGACCAUUUGAUAGCGCUGCUAACGGUUAUGCUCGUGGCGAAACGGCGGCAGUGAUAUACCUUCAAAAGGCAAAAAAUGCAAAGAGGAUUUAUGCCAUAUGUCCUCAUAUAAAAUUAAACAACGAUGGUUACAAAGAAGAAGGAAUAACAUAUCCUUCAUCACAAAUGCAAUAUACCUUACUAAAGGAAUUUUACGAAGAGUGCAAAAUACCAACAUCUUGUUUGGAUUAUGUCGAAGCACAUGGUACUGCUACGAUAGCUGGCGAUCCACCAGAAAUUAAUGCUAUCUAUAAUGUUUUUUGUACAAAUAGAGAAACUCCAUUAAUGAUCGGUUCAGUAAAAUCUAAUCUUGGUCAUACUGAACCUGCGAGUGGUUUCAAUCAGAUCGCUAAGAAAGGAAGUUUCCACCUCUUAAGGUGUGAUUUAGCCAAUAUAAAAAAAUACGUAUCUCCUAUUUUUGUCCAUAGAACAACAUAUUAA